AUGCAGCACGAGAAAGCGGCCGAAUUUGCGGUAACGCUGCAUGAAAUGCUCGAAAGCACAUUCAGCGUUUCGAAGGAAGCAAUCGAUCAGCACGAGAAAGCGGCCGAAUUUGCGGUAACGCUUCAUGAAAUGCUCGAGAGCACAUUCAGCGUUUCGAAGGAAGCAAUCGAUCAGGAAUUUGGCUGUAGCUGUCUGGUGCAGUUUCGAUCGCGUAUUCAUCGACAUCGUGUUUAUGCGCAGAAAUCGAAGAUGCAGCCACCGACAACAAUUGAGGGUGUACGAGAGAUACCAAAAGAGAUGCUCGAGUACAGCAGCGAGCCGGAUGAUCUGGAAGUUGAGGACGAGUUUGUGGAGUACGAUGAAGCGGCCUGUAAGGAGGCUGAUGAUGAUGCUGCUGCCAAAGAGCCCGGUGCCGAGCCAGCUGUUUGUGCAAAAAUUGGCGAAGCAGUCACCGAAGAUUCCGAGAACAUGAUCGCGUACUACGAGGAGGAGGAGGAUCAGGAAGUGGAUGGUGGCGACGAGGAAGGCCCAUGCGACAGUGCUGCAGGUGGAAAUUCCGGUAAAAAAGGCGAAUCUUCUGGAGGUGGCGGUACUCAGAAAAAUGCUAGCACCACGAAUAAUGCUGCUGAACUUAAGGCUGAACAAAUUGAUGGAAAAAAGCCUGCAAACGAAACGAAUGGUGGUAAAAAUGAAUGCGCGGAGAAGCAGUUACCAGCUUUGCCUUUUAUAGAUUUUCAUAAGGCACACCAUUAUCUCCUGUUACCAGUGGAUUGGAAUGGUGCACCGGAAUUCCAGUGGCGAAAUUUUCACAAGGCACACCAUUAUCUCCUGUUACCAGUGGAUUGGAAUGGUGCACCGGAAUUCCAGUGGCGAAGUGAGUCUUUUUUUUCAUUGAUUCUUUGUGCUAUAUUCGAAUAA